AUGGCUGAUCAAGCAGCAGCUGCGUUGCUGAAACUUUUCUCUAACCUACCUGAUGCAUCAAGUCGGCUUCGCGAACUCCAGCACGGGCUUCGGCAGCAUCGAGGACUCGCUUCUCAUGGUUCCUCGUCAUCCCCCACACCGCCGAGCAACAAUGGCGAGGCUAGGUUGGCAUGUCUGGAGGAUCGCAUGGACGCGCUAGAGAGGCAGAUGAGCCAGCUGCAGCAAACAUGUGCUGAGGUUAUUCAAGCCUUGGCCGUCGUUGACGAAGAUGGGGAUGAGGAAGAUCAGGAAAACGAAGACGAGGAUGAAGCCGGAGACGAUCGAGAGGAAGAGCAGGAGUCCGAUACCGAUUCUCUUGCCAAAGCUGCUGCACAUGGCCCUGGAGCUGAAUAUUCGGAUCCGGACUCUCUUUCUGCUUCGCAACCGUUCACAAAUCUGCUCGCACCGCUCUCACGAGAUCGCGUGGCAGCAGACAAAGCUCAAGAUGGCGCAGAUCGCCCAUGCGCGAGCGCCACGACGAUGGCCCUCACACGGGACUCUGCUCCUCAGACGCUGGUGAACGCAUUCAAGACGUUCGUUGCGAAUCGGGCUGCGAGCAGCGCAGGUGCAGGUGCAGGAGCCGAGUCGCUGCCUGUAAACUUGCCACUCAUGCAACGCGGCGACCAACUCAGCGAUGCGCAGCGACAGCUCAUGCUGGAAUUCCGACAAUACCUUGCUUCGAACCCAGUCAUGCUCCUCAGCCUCGCCGAAAACGUCGCCAGUGGGGCGAAUCGCAUCUCAGCGCGGCCACGAAACUCGGUCAAAACGAAAAGUCAAGCACCGAAACGAGCAGGACGACAGGCCACGAUACCAAUAGCUCGGCCUGAACAAUAUGUGGGGCUCGAACACUACGACGAGAAGGCUCUAUAUCCGAUAGAGGAAGCGGAUGAGCGCAUGGUUGAGCACUACGGCGCCUUGCAGUAUCCGCUCCCUAAUCCGCCGCGCAACUUUGUGCCUGGCGACCAGCUAACGUACACUCUCAGCCGUACAACGCAGAAUGUUGUCGACCUUUGGAAGGAGUGGCACUUCGGUCUCAGUCAAGAUCAACCGAGCGUCAUCUUCCUCGAAGCGGUUUUCAAGACGUCGUGGCGCUGGACGGUCAAUGCGCGGAAACAGUACAGCCAGCGAAAGGUUAUUAUUGACGAGGUGCAUGCGGUGAUGAAGGGCAAGGAAUGGAGCCUCGGCAACGCGCUGAGACAUCUGGAGCUCGCGCGCGCCAAGCAUUCCCUCUCAAUGUUUGCGGACGUGCUUAGGUGGCGAGCGCGACAAGGUAUACCACCUGGACAGCUUGCAGAUGAAGAUGGGGACGCCUUGUUCAGAUCAUAUAAUGCAAGUCAGACGAAGCGGCCGUCCAAAAAGAAGCGCAAGCACGGAGAGAUGGACACCGCCGAUGCCGGGGCAAAUGAGCAGACAGCGUGA